AUGCCUUCCGAGUACUGCCCCGUCUACGCCCCCUUCUUUGGUGCCAUGGGCUGCACCUGCGCCAUUGUCUUCACCUGCCUGGGUGCCUCGUACGGCACUGCCAAGUCGGGUGUCGGUAUUGCCGCAAUGGGUGUCCUUCGCCCUGACCUUAUCGUGAAGAACAUUGUUCCCGUCAUUAUGGCUGGUAUCAUUGGUAUCUACGGUCUCGUCGUCUCUGUCCUUAUCUCCGAUGGUCUGAAGCAGGAUCUCCCCCUGUACACCGGUUUCAUCCAGUUUGGUGCGGGUCUGUCUGUCGGUCUGGCCGGUCUGGCUGCUGGCUUUGCCAUCGGUAUUGUCGGUGACGCUGGUGUGCGAGGAACUGCCCAGCAGCCCCGUCUCUUUGUUGGCAUGAUUCUGAUUCUCAUUUUCGCUGAAGUCCUGGGUCUCUACGGCCUCAUUGUGGCUCUUCUGAUGAACUCAAAGGCAUCGGCAGAGGUCUCAUGCUAA